ACUCCCGAUACCACCGAGGAGCCCGAGCCCGGCAGUACUCCUGAGCCCUCCGAGGAACCUGAGCCCGGCAGUACUCCUGAUACCACCGAGGAGCCCGAGGCCGGCAGUACUCCUGAGCCCUCGGAGGAACCUGAGUCCGGCAGUACUCCUGAGCCCUCUGGGACAACCGAGUCUCCUGGUGUCUCCUCACAGACUACCUCUACAGGUCCCCAAGAUCCAUGCAAACUUAAACCCUGUGGAGGAUCUGCUUCUUGUGUCAACCUGCAUUCCGAAAGACUCUGCUUGUGUUCAGAAGGCUCCUACUAUCAAGAGUCAUCAUGUGUGAAAGGAAAGACAUUCCCUGGAGAGAUUACAAUGAAAGUGCCUGAAUCACUUGACUUUGAAGAUAAAACCUCUGAGGCAUAUCAAAGCUUUCAUGAAGAUGUUGUCGAAUUUUUUAAAAAAGCAUUUGAUGAGACUGAGGCUCCUUCUGAUUAUGGACAGACUAUAAUUCUUAAAGUGAGUGCCUCCCCUACUCAGUCAGCAAGAUCUGCAAUGCGUGCUGGUUUGAAGGAUGCCUAUGUAUCAGUAAUAAAUAUGUUUAAUGAAAACACAUCUCAAAAUGAAAGUACUAUAUCUACUGCAAUUGAAAAGGCAAUUCAAAAUGGUAAUGGAAACGUGACAAACUAUGCUAAACAAAACCUUUGUGAGUGUUAUGGCUGUGUAAACGACGGUAAAGACUGCCAGGAUUCUACACAAUGCACAUGCAAACCUGGGCUGACAAGGCCGAACCCACUGGUUCGUUUUUGUCUUCCUCUCGAGUGUCCUAAGCCCUGCAGUGCAAUGAACAACGAGCAAUGCUUAAAGAACGGUGACGGACUACUGGAGUGUGCAUGCAUGCCAGACUACCAGAAGUCCACCGAUGGCAAGUGUGAACCGUGUUCAUUUGGCUAUAGUGGCCAGGACUGCAAAGACCCAUUCCAGCUGAUCCUCACCAUUGUGGGCACCAUCGCUGGAGCCCUCAUUCUCAUCCUGCUGAUUGUGUUUAUCGUCUCAGCGAGUUCCAAAAACAAAAAGAAGAAUGUGGAGGAGCAGAAGUUGAUCGACGAAGACUUUCAGAACGUACGACUGCAGCAAACAGGCUUCACCAAUUCCGGCUUCAGCAACUCUGGCUUCAGCAACUCCCGCCUCAGCAACUCUGGCUUUAGCAACAACUCCGACUACAGCAACUUCGGAGCUGGCAACAGCAUCUUCCCCAAAGUCAAGACAGGGUUCCCAGGUCAGACCCAAAAUCCUUAUGCAAACCAGCGAAGCAUGCCUCGCCCUGACUACUAGAAUGAGAAGAAUUUGGAGCCCUCUCUAGCCGAGCCCACACGAGCUGUUAUUUUGAGUGUUUAGAGGAUAAGUGGACAGAGACAAAAACCUGACCUCCAGGGUUCUGUCUACCCCAUCUGUCAACCCCUCUGAGUGUGGCCCUGUAUGAAGAAUGCAGCUCCCUGAAGACAUCUAUAAAAUUAAAUGCACAUAGACACUAUGAGCCUUGUUAAGUGUUGAUUUCCUCCAGUUAGUACAAAAUGCUAAUACGGUGAUUGGUGUAGGGCUUUUCUCUCCUGGUGGGCCAAAAGCAUUUCCAAUCUAGAGGGAUCCCCCUCAUAACCCAUCCCUGGGCAGUGCCGCUCCUGAGCUCUGGACCCUGGCCACCCGUGAACCAGUGGCUUGUGAUAGGGCCUCACUCCAAGAACACAGACAGGAGACAGAAACAUCUUCCAGCUUUCUCAGGAGGACUACGGGAAUCCAGGAACCUUCCGAAGAGGCUUGGAUUAGCUCUGUCCUCCAUGGGUACAUUCAAGUCUUUCAGAUGUUAGUUGGCAGGAGAAACAAGGAGGAAAACCAUGAGCUUUAGGUAGUAGAGAGAAGUCAAGGAAGCCACGCUGGAAGGGCGAGUGAGGGAGAAGGGACCAGUGGCGCCUAGUCCCUUAGUGUCCCUCCUCAGGCAGCAAAUGGGCACUUCUCAGGGGCUGCCCUCCCCAAGACAUAGAUCCUGGGAAAGCCAUAAAAAACAGAAGUCAGUAUGAAGUCUGGAGCUGUGUAAAAUGGUCCAGGUAUCCACUCUAUGAUGUAGUUUCCCCGGGUACUUCACUGGGCCUCGGCCUGCUCCUUGAUGGAGGCUUAGCAGUGCCCACCAAAACCCGUGCGCGCGCGCACACACACACACACACACACACACACACACACACACACACGACAAAUAUACCCAGCAGUCUUUUUAAAUGUUUUUAAUUGUGUCCUGUGUCUAUCUGAUGUCUGGUCCUCUCAACAGGUACUUUUAUUUGUUAUUAUUACUUGUUUUUGACUGUUCAUUGUGAAAAGCAGUGAUGCAAUAAAACAUCUUUGGUACACAGUA